AUGGCGCUUCGAUCGCGUUACGGAGAGUCCUUCGACCUCGUGUCGAACAUAACCAAACGAAAAGUGAGCGCCAUGGAAAUCUUCGUGAGGGGCCAAUAUGAGGACAGACUUCGAGACCACGACAACGCAGAUGAACUCAUCGAUAUCGCACGGAGCGAGGCUCUUGAGAAGACCCGGCUUUCAGUGAUGCGGGAGCACACCGCAGUGGGGCCUAAUGGAACAAUGAAGCUUGUCUCCACGGAGUUCUACAUUCAGCACAUAUUGCGGAGGAUGUGGUUCAUAUGCUGUCAUGACCAAUGCGAUAUCGCCUUCCAGGACGUCCCUCCAUUUCCCAUCAAGUUGGCGGACACCGACGAGGAUACAGAAGGUCCACGGGCCCCCGAACAUAUCCGGGAGAUACAAAGCAAGGAGAAAAAGGACCAGCAAGCAAAAGAAAGGGCUGAGAGGGCCGAGAAGGAGAAGGCAAAGACUACUUGCUGCUCCGGUCUCGAGGAACGACACAGGCGUCAGACACAGGAGCUGACUGCCGCGCACCUCAAAGAGAUCCAAGACCUCAAGGCCCAGACGCUUCUCGAUAUCAAGGAGCUUAAGGAUACAUUCGGCCAACUGCGUGGUAAUGAGAACCCGAAAGUUGGCCAGAAGUAG